AUGGGAGGAGCAGCCAGGAGCCAGGACUGCAUCUGGGCAGGGGCUGAGAAGACGGAGGUUUUGAGCGAAGAUCUCCUGCAGGUGGAGAAGCGGCUGGAGCUGGUGAAGCAGGUGUCCCACAGCACCCACAAGAAGGUGCAGGGUGGCUGCCCGCGGCCCCGCCGUGCCCAGCCCUGCCCGUGCCCUUGCAGGAAGAUGCUGCGGCUGUGCGGGGAGGCCGAGGACAGGCUGGCUCAAGAGCUCAUCCACUUUGAGCUGCAAGUGGAGAGGGAUGUCAUCGAGCCCCUCUUCGUGCUGGCUGAGGUGGAAAUCCCAAAUAUCCAAAAGCAGAGGAAGCACUUGGCGAAGCUCGUGCUGGACAUGGACUCCUCCAGGACAAGGUGGCAGCAGUCAGUGAAGUCCUCAGGCCUGUCCAGCAACUUGCAGCCCUCGGGUGCCAAAGCUGACGCUCUCAGGGAGGAGAUGGAGGAGGCGGCCAACAGAGUGGAGAUCUGCAGGGACCAGCUCUCAGCUGACAUGUACAAUUUUGUGGCCAAAGAAGUAGACUAUGCAAACUAUUUUCAAACACUGAUCGAGGUGCAGGCAGAGUUCCAUCGGAAAUCCUUAGCGCUUCUGCAGAAUGUCCUGCCUCAAAUUAAAGCCCAGCAGGAGGCGUGGAUGGAGAAGCCCUCCUUCGGGAAGCCCCUGGAGGAGCACCUGGCAGUGAGCGGGCGGGACAUCGCCUUCCCCGUGGAGGCCUGUGUCACCAUGCUGCUGGAGUGUGGCAUGCAGGAGGAGGGUCUGUUCCGAGUGGCUCCCUCGGCCUCCAAGCUGAAGAAGCUGAAGGCUGCCCUGGACUGCUGCGUGGUGGAUGUGCAAGAGUACUCAGCAGACCCACACGCCAUCGCAGGAGCCCUCAAGUCCUACCUACGAGAGCUGCCAGAGCCGCUCAUGACGUUCGAGCUGUACGAUGAGUGGAUCCAGGCCUCCAACAUCCCGGAGCAGGAGAAGCGGCUGCAGGCUCUCUGGAGCGCCUGCGAGAAGCUGCCCAAAGCCAACUACAACAACAUCAGGUACCUGAUUAAAUUCCUGGCCAAGCUGACCGAGUACCAGGACAUGAACAAAAUGACUCCGAGUAAUGUGGCCAUCGUGCUGGGACCCAACCUCCUCUGGCCACAGGCAGACGGGAACAUGACGGAGAUGAUGACGACUGUCUCACUGCAGAUCGUGGCCAUCAUCGAGCCGCUCAUCCAGCACGCGGACUGGUUCUUCCCUGGAGACAUCGAGUUCAACGUGACAGGCAACUACGGAAGCCCCAUGCACAUCAACCACAACGCCAACUACAGCUCCAUGCCCUCCCCAGACAUGGACCACGCCGAGCGCCGGCAGCACGACCAGGCGCGCCGGCCCCUCAGCGUGGCCACGGACAAUAUGAUGCUGGAGUUUUACAAGAAGGAUGGCCUUAGGAAAAUCCAAAGCAUGGGCGUCAGGGUGAUGGACACGUCCUGGGUGGCUCGGCGGGGCACCCCAGCGGCGCGCAAGGCGUCCUCUUCGGCUUCCCCCCGGCAGCCGAGCGGACAAGGGCUGCUGCGGUUUGAGGUCCCCUCCCUCCUCGUCCCCCCAGACGUCACCCUGUGCCGGGACCUGCCAGAGACACCGCAGAGACUCUCGAGGCCAGAGGAGGAGGAGGAGGAGUCGGAGAGCACAGCCCUAUGA